UUGUUGUCAGUUAUCUUGUCAAAUCGUUUUGACGUGUAAUAGCAGCUGUCACAAAAUAUUACGAAUUGUUUUCCUAUUUUCCUAAUAAUGAGAAAGAAAAAGUCGUGCAAAGUGACGAAUAAAUUGGACUAAGUUUUUCAAUUUUACAAAGGGACAUUUAUUCAGAAACAAAAUGGUUUUAAUGACAAUGAUCGCCAGGGUCGUCGACGGCCUACCGUUAGCAGCUACAAUGCAAGAGGAUGAGCAGAGCGGCUGCAAUGUACUGGAGUAUCAGAAUCAAGCUAAAAUGCUGUUUAGGAAACUAGGUCCCCAGUCACCAAUUCGCUGCUCCAUAGAAACUGGGCCCUACCUCUUUCACUAUUUAAUAGAGAAUGAGAUCUGUUACCUGGUGCUCUGUGAACGAAACUACAGUAAAAGACUUGCAUUCAGCUAUUUAGAAGAGAUAGCACAAGAGUUCUACCACCAAUACGGAAAAAGAGUGAACACAGUAACGAGGCCGUACACAUUUAUAGAAUUCGAUACGUGGAUGCAGCGAACACGCAAGCAGUACGCGGAGGGCGGGGCGCGGGCCCGCCGCUCCGGCGCGGCCGCACAGCUCGGCGGCCAGCUGGGCGACGUGCAGCGUAUCAUGAUGCAGAACAUCGACGAUGUGCUGCAACGCGGCGCCGUGCUCUCUGAGUUGGACACAAAGACACAGAACCUUUCUAUGAUGUCACAGAAGUACAAGAAGGACGCCACCUACCUGAACACAAAGUCAAUGCUAGUGAAGGUGACCGCGGGGGCAGUUAUACUACUUGUGUUUGUGCUCUACUUCUGGGUGCUGUAGCUCUACACUCCUACCUUACUGUCAAUGCAACCAAUAUUGUGAUGAAUGUCUGUCUAUACCUCACAACACUGCUACUAUGUAAUAAAAUGGUUGAUGUUAUUGCCAACACAAAAGUUUUAGAAAUAAAAUUUAUUUUAAGUAAACACUUUUACAAAUAUUUCUAAACAUAGAAUAACUCGCAAAGAUAUACAUAAUUUAAAUGUUUUCAAUUCUACAUCAUCAUUUGAAUUGUUGACCUUUAAGACUUAAAAGUUUUUUUUUCCUUAAAGCAAGCUACUUUCAGAGGAGCCAGAAUUGAGGCAAAUUUUCAAAUUUUACCUUUACUUUUAAGUAAUAAUUUCAAUGUUUUCGCGAAUGUUGGUGGCCGCUAGCUUGUUUGUUACCUGUUCAAACAGUAUUCUGAUUAGCACUUCAUAAGAAAUUCUUACCUGCUCCAAUCAAUAUUGAUUAAAAAGUAAAUUUAACAAAUAUAAGUAGAAAUACUUACUUUCAUCACAAUAUUAGCAGAUGCAAUUUGGUUUGUAAAUUUAUAUAUUUAGUUCCCGACUGACAUUUAUUAUUCUCAAUACAUUAAAACUCGAGCUGGUCUUAUGAAUCAUUCCAACAUGAUGUGUGAAUCCGCAUGUAACAGUUUUCUAUAACAU